UGCUAAUUAUUGACCUCUGUAGGCGUAAGUGAAGGAGAUAUUGAAUUUCAGCCUCGGGUCCAUCUAAACCUCGCGAUCCCAUUGAUCGCAUCAUAAAGAGCCUGACGUCCCUGACGACGAACUUCAUACGGCCGAAAAUCUUUGAUUAGAUGCAACACUGAAACCAAGAACUAGGAAGUGAGGUAAUGUCCUGUUAACAAGCUUUUUAAUUAAGUUUGUUCCGUAACCCGUGUGAGUGACCAGUAACUUGGCUAGCUAGGCAGUUAGUGUUAGCUAGCUAGCUAACUCUGUUAACAGCAGUAACACUAGCUAGCUAGCUUAACGUUACCUAGCAACAGCUAUCGUGAUUAACCUAACGUUAGCUAACCUAGCUAGAUGACCUAAUCGAGUAACGUUGAGUUUGGUCACGGUUUAAGAUCAUUAUUAUCAUUUCUUUAUUUUCACAACUGUCUGAGUCUUUUUUGUUUUGAAGUAGGUCUGUAUAGUUUGUUUAACGUCAUCAACUUUAGUUUUAGUGAAAACACCAUGAACACUGUUGUUGCCUCUGGGGUUCAAAAACAAAGACAGUCGACCAGCAAACAAGAUUCUGCACGUCAACAGGACGCCUCUGGAAAAGGAAAUUGCAAAGAGGAUGCUGUUAAUUCAUGCAAUAAUACAGAGGCUCUUCUUAAGUGCUCAUACAGAAGCUUGAAUGAGCUUCCUUCAGAUGCACCCAUAAUCCCGAUGGUUGCAGAAAUGUUUUCAGACAAAGGAAAUGCCUCCACUACUGUGCCACUAAGCCCCUUCUACAAUGCCAACUCAAGCCGACUUCUUGCCUUCAACCCAGAUGGCAGCAUCCAAUUUGGCAGUAGCCAGCAGGGGUAUCAGCCUUUCACCAUGUCCACUUCAGGAGCCCCACAGGCUCAGUACUGUUUUGUGCCUGGCAACAAGGUGGUAGUCCAAGGUACUACUGGAGACAUGUCAGCGUAUCAGAUCCGUUCACCCACCACCAGCCUACCACAGGGUGUAGCCAUGGCCGGGUCACCAGGAUCCUUGUACAGCCCUCAGCAGCUGGCCGAGGAGGCCUCGCGUAAGAGGGAGCUCCGCCUGAUGAAAAACAGGGAAGCUGCCCGGGAAUGCCGCCGCAAGAAGAAAGAGUAUGUCAAAUGUCUUGAGAAUCGGGUUGCUGUGCUCGAAAAUCAAAACAAGAUGCUCAUCGAAGAACUCAAGGCUCUAAAAGACUUGUAUUCUCACAAGAUUGAAUAACGUUAAGGCCAUUUGAGGCUUAAAAAAAACUGUGCUGUUCGCAGGUUUCUGCAAACAUCUGGGCAUAAGCGCGUUCACUCAGUGUCUAGCCACUGCUCACAAUGGCUGAAAAAAGGCCACGGUUGCAUCACCCAUAUAGUUCAAUGUGUUGAAGACAAGUGUGUCUGUGUGCACCUGUUGGUGAUGUUAGAGAGCUGAUUUCUUGCUUUGCUCUGGAGCCAGUGAAUGUGGUAUGUUGCCUUUGUCACUUGUGCUUUUUGCAGGGAGGCAGCUAAAGAGUGUCGUCGCAGGAAGAGAGAGUAUGUACGGUGCCUAGAGGCCCGCGUCACCAUGCUGGAGUUGCAGAACAAGAAGCUCAUCAGUGAGUUACAGAACAUGAAGGAAUUGUAUGCUGGAAAGUCCA